ACAGAUGCUUGGAUUUAUGAUGAAUGCUGUUUUCCACAGUCUAAGAAAAGCAGCAAUCAACCCAAUCUAAACCAUUGUUUAACUGCAAUCUGGCAGCACUGUAGUUACUAUAGUUUCCACUGUUCGCAUGUUUUUUUUUUUCAGAUUCUUGGUACUGAAAUGUUACUGUAAUGUAUGUGUGUUGAACGAUGCCCUCUCAUUUACGGAGGUGUCUGCAGACUCUUCUGUUUCAGGAACUAGAGUCUGGAGUUUUGUUGCAGGAGCGGCAGGUUCUCUUUGAGUGUGUGCAGCGGGCCAGGAAGAGACAGGCAGCGGCUCAGAGGGAUUGUGAAGCUGCCAGGACUUCCCUCAAAUCAGUGGCGUCCGGACUGCCUGGGGGUUGAUUUGACUCAUCUGUACCCUGAUAAAUCAGAGUGUUUUCUACACUGGAGAAUCCCCCUGGAUUGCAUCAGCCACCUAUCUGGUUAUCCCGGGGUUACCACUAAAAAUAGCCCUGCACUGAAGGAAGCCGUACUCUAGCUCGCUCACCCUUGAAAUUGGAGCUGGAGAGCCCCAGUGACCCACGCCGCCCUGGCGGAAUCAUCUUGUUUACCCUUCUGGACUUGGAACACAACAAAUGAGCGCUCAGACACGCCUCCUCUGUCAGAUAAUGAAGAGUUUAUCACGCACCCGAGCAGCCAACACCGGGGCAAAUCAAAACCCGGUUUCCACAGUCCCAGUGUUGGGAGUGGGAGGCCUCAGAAUGUGGAGUGAAAGCGAUGCAGAACCAGGAAACAAGAAAGGGACGUCCUACCCGCUGUGCCCAGGCUACUGGAGAUGGAUGUCAGUAAAUUUCUCAUCAGCCAUCAUGUAUGCUGUUGCUGCAACAGCACCCAGAAAGUCCCUUGGGGCCUCCAGCUCUGCAAACACACCUGCCAGCUCAUCUGCAGGCACACCUUCCAAAAAUAAAUAUGCAGGUGGCAACUCUGUGUGCCCCCGGCCAACCCCGACUUGGCAGAAGGGGAUUGGUGAUUUCUUUGGCGGUCCCAGCAGCCGUCCAGAGAAGGAAAAGGAGAACCUGUUCCCCUCGGACGAUGAGGAGGCGGGGGGCAGCGGGGUGCGGAAGGCACCCAGGAAAGCCCGACCUUUGCCUGAUGAAGAGGAUGGUGCAGAAACUGAGGAUUGAGCUUUGAUUCCUCCAGAAAACUUUCUUUUAAAUAAAGCCAUGCUGGAUACUUGAAAGGGCUAUGAUUUUACUGUGUACAUCCAUGUAUAUAUAUUUGUCGUGUAGUAUGUUUGUCUGUACAGAACAUGAAUAAAAGUUAUAAAUUCACACUUGAA